ACACCGGCUAUGUCCCAGGGGCUGCUGCUGUGGCUGCUGCUGAGCCCAAGUGUGCUGUGGGCCUCCAGGGGCCCCCUCCGGCCACUGUGCCGGCCUGUCAACGCGACCCUGGCCGCGGAGAAUGAGCUCUGCCCAGUCUGCAUCACCUUCACCACCAGCAUCUGUGCCGGCUACUGUCCUAGCAUGGUUCGAGUCCUGCCGGCCGCUUUGCCUCCCGUGCCUCAGCCAGUGUGCACCUACCGGGAGCUGCGCUUCGCGUCUGUCCGCCUCCCUGGCUGCCCACCCGGUGUAGACCCCAUGGUCUCCUUCCCUGUGGCCCUCAGCUGCCGCUGUGGGCCCUGUCGUCUCAGUAGCUCUGACUGUGGGGGUCCCAGGACUCAACCAAUGGCCUGUGACCUCCCCCAGCUCCCAGGCCUCCUCCUCUUCUGAGGUCCACCCCUUAACUCCCCAGUCUCCAGGAGCUAGCAGGUUUUCCAAACGUCCCUCCCAAUAAAGGCUUCAUACAGCUGCACGCCA